UAGAAAACAAGGUAGCGGGCAAAUUUGAUUUGGGGGUGAGUGGGGAAAAGACAGGUAGUGUUGAAUGCUUUGAUUUUAUUGGCUUGGUUUCUUUAAGAAUAUGUUUUUAAAAUGGUUUGUCUUUUAACAUAUACUAGAAAGUUUGUUUCUCACCUCUAGCUUUUUUAAAAAGCAGUUCUAAAGUUUGGAGGACUACAUAGGUCAGUCACAGAGCUUUGGGGAAACCAGUCAAUUUUCUGUCCAGUGGUACUGAACCCCUUCCCCAGGAAACAUAGCUAGAAAUGAAUUUUAAAGUGUUUCCCCAAAUCUGGGUGGACGUGAAUCAUUUAUAGAAGUUGAAAACACCCAGGAUGGUUAAAAAACAAACAAAAAACUGUUGAAAGACUGUAUGUGUUCCGUUAUAUAACACUAAACCAUAGUUUAAUGUAUGUAGAUACGCCUCUGUGAGCUUGAACACAUGCCCUCAGUUGUUCUGUGACAUUUUUGUUGGUUCUAAUAUAGGUAUAACUGUAGCUUGCCUUUAGGGUGUUUUCUAAUGGACUCACACAGCAAUGUACAAUUUUUGUGUGCUACCUAUAGUUCACCCGUGACCUGGAGUCCACAAGGAAAGAACGGUCCUAGUCACAGUACCUGUAACAAUGCAUCCUGUGAGAUAAUGUUGUGAGCUCGUAGGAUAGAUUAGAACAGACGCUUCUUUGCUCUUCAGAUAAUGGUCCCCAUGUGGGUGUAUUCCUGUUCAACUAGUGGUGGUUUGAACUAUGUUUAAUAUCUAAAAAUGCAAUGGAAAAUGACAGGAAUACAAAUUCAAGCCAGUAAAUCUUUUCUUUCUUCUUUUCAGGUACCAUCUGAUCCUCCUGCUCCCAAGAAACCCAAAAUAGAUGACUCCUUGCAGUCUCCAAUAAUUGGUGACAAAGAGAAGCAGUCUAGUUGGUUACGGUCCUUGUCCAAUUCAUCCAGCAAGGUGAGUUUUAGGGGACUGGUCAUAGUUUUGUGUGUUGUUUUGUGUGUUGUUGUGUUUAGUCAUCUUAGUUGUGUUCGACUCUCUGUGAGCCCAUGAACCAGAGCAUGCCUCGGAAACGCUCACUUUCUAUUCAAAGCUUCUCCUUUUUUAUGUCCAUGGAGUUUUCUUGGCAAAAUACUGGAGUGGAUUGCUAGUUCCUUCUCCAGGUAGAUCACAUUUAGUCUAAACUUUUGGCUAUGACCUGUCCGUCUUGGGUGGCCCUGCACGGCAUAGCUCAUAGCUUCCUGGAGUUAUUCAAGCCCCUUUGCCACAACAAGGCAGUGAUCCAUGAAGGGGAUUUUGUGUGUAGAAAGCCUCAAAUUCAAUCUCCAGCUAAAAGAAAAAGUUAGCAGGUAGUUAGGAAGCCCUUUCUGCACAUGAGACCAUGAAGAGCCACUGUCAGUCAGCCUAGACACUAAAGGCAGCUUCCUUUGUUUCCUACAUCCAUAGUCCUGAAAUUUGGUUUAAAAAUCUCAUUUAUUUUACUCUCCUUGGGGUGAUGGUGAAGAAACCACAUAUGAGCAGUUCCAACACGAGUGUUAAGAGAAAGGGGCCCCAAAAGAUUUCAUCAAGGACACCAUACAUUAAUUAGGUGCUGUUUCCAAAGAAAAACACCUGUACAAUGGGCUGCAUCCUGUUAGCCCUACUCAGAAUGGACUUAUUGAAAUUAAUAAGACAUGAUUAACCAUUAAUUUCAGGCAGUAGGACUUUGUUGGGUAAAACCCAUUGAGUUUAAAGACAAAUUCCUCUUUUGCAUUUUUUAUUUUGCUUCAUUCAUGGUCAAUUUCUCUUUUGGACCGUCUAUUUUUGUUUUAGAUCUACUGGUAUUUAAAACGAACAACCGUAGAGGAGUUACUUUUGUAGAUAUUUCUCUUCCAACUAGGAUAAGGUUGCAGUAAGAAUCUUUUGCCACAAAAAGGUGGCUGCAGAAUAUAUACAUACAUCACAUUUUAAAAAAUUAGAAUGAUCUAAUAAACUAGGAAUAUAGGAAGCUGUCAAGUAAGACCAUUGGUACAUCUAAACACUGAUACAGUGGUACCUCGGGUUAAGAACUUAAUUCAUUCUGGAGGCCCGUUCUUAACAUGAAACAGUUCUUAACUUGAAGCACCACUUUAGCUAAUGGGGCCUGCCGCGCCGCCGCUGCACAAUUUCUGUUCUCAUCCUGAAGCAAAGUUCUUAACCCAAGGUACUAUUUCUGGGUUAGCGAAGUCUGUAACCUGAAGCACUGUAACCUGAGGUACCACUGUACUUGAAUUGUUUUCGGUUUUAAGGGCAAUUUAAGAGUGGAAAAUUAAAACCAGCAACAGAAUGAAAUUUAAGACUGUACUAGACUCCUUGAGUUGCAUCCACUGCUAGUCCUACUUUGAGUAGACCCAUUGAAGUUAAUGGACACAACAAACAUAAGCACAUUAAUUUCAGUGGGUAUACCCUGUGUAUGACUUUGUUGGCUAGGCCUUUUCUUUUUCACAUGGACUUAUAAUGCCUCCUAUUCCCUAUGGAUCUUCAAGCCUCUGCGCCCCCCCUCCCCAGCAGCUUAUACCAGAUUUACAGCUCACAAACAUGUAAUUGUGUGUAUCUCACUGUUUCCUUUUUGUUUCCUUUUUGGCUCCAGCAGAGUAUUGGUUGCAUGCAUCCACGACAGCGCCUCUCUGCCUUCCGGCCCUGGUCCCCCGCUGUUUCAGCAAACGAAAAAGACCUCCCAAACCACAUCCCUGCUUUGAUCAGAGACAGGUGAGGAAGCAGAAAGAGUGGCACAAUAACCUGAGUCCCAGCUCAUCUUAAGCCAGUUAAGGCUGUAAUCUCAUUGCGGAGCUUCCUUUUACAAGUGACACGUAAUGUCCAUUCCACAUUUGUAAGCGGUUGUGUCUACCUAUGUUCUACUCAAGACUCUACACCCUUUGAAAUUAAUGGACCCAAGUUAGUCCUGUCCAUUAACUUCAGCGGGUUUACUCGAGAGUAGGAGUAGCAUGGGAUACAACCCAAGUAAUUGAUUUGGUGAUAUGGCGGCAAUUUGCGGCUCCCUACCCAUUGAUAUUGGGCAGGCACCUUCCCUGUAUAGUUUUUUGGCACUUGCUAAAAUAUUUUUGUUCAAGCAAGUCUACCCUAAUAUGUAAGUUUGAUGUGUAUUUUUAAAACUGAAUAUUUUAUUUAGAAUUUUUUAAGGCUAACUUGUUCUUUAGCAACUGAUGUUUAUUGGUACUUUUAAUGUGUAUCUUAUAUUUAUGAAAACAGUUAAAUUUUAUAUAUAUCUAUAUCUUAUCUAUCUAUCUAUCUAUCUAUCCUGCUGAAGAAAGUAGGACUGAAUGCCAGAGUAAACAUUCAUAGGAUCAGCGUCAUUUGCUCACAAGCAAUUUAUAUCAUACGCUGGUUCAGGCCCCUUGUUAAUUUGCAUUUUGUAGCACAGAAAAGGCUGCUGAUUUGCCCCGGUAAAUGUUUACAUAUUGCAACUAUGAGUUGUAUCUAGCAUUAGUCCUACUCAGAGUAGACUGUCUGAAGUUAAUGGUCAUGACUAACGUGGAACAAUUAAUUUCAGUGGGUGUAUUCUGAGCAGGACCUAGUUGGACACAACAUUAUUUCUUUCUGCUAGCCUCCUAGAAUAUGAUUGUGUUAAAGGUAUGGGAUAUUAAUGGCACAAACCAGUGAUAGGCAACCUGUGGCCCUCCAGAUGCUGCUGUACUUCAGUUCCCACCAUCCCUGGCCCAUGGCUGUGCUGGGUGAGGCUGAUGGGAGUUGUAGCCCCCAAACAUCUAAAGAACUGCAUUUUUCCUGUCCCUGCUGUACCUGGUUCACUGCGUUGAUGAUGAGUUGUAUAAAAACCCAUGCAUGCAGAUGUCUCCUGAGCCUGCAAAUGUAGUAGUGUGUGUUCCAUCACUGAAGGUGUUACUUCUUUUUCUCCCUUCCAACCCCUCUACAACCCCCCUGCAGUUUGUGUUCAUACAAAAGUUUUGAGAAUGCCGUGGCCCCCAAUGUGGCCCUUGCACCACCCCCGCCUCAGCCAAAGAUCGUAAGCAACCCCCCAUGUGCCCCAGCAGCAACUCGGAGCAGUGAGCCGUUGAACAGCCCCUCCCAACCAAGGAAAAGGAAACAUGUCACCGAAAACCCAACCAUUCCCGAACCUACGCCAACCGCUGCUGUCGCCACCGCUCCUGCCGCUGUCCCUGCUGCAGAAGAAGAAAAGGAGUCUGAAGCAGAAAUCGAAGUAGAGACUCGAGAAGAAUGUAAGUGUGAGUUACCCCAUGCUACUUCAUUUCUUAUUUUCUUCUAAUUCUUCCCUGGUUGUUUUCCUUGGGAACAUUGCCAUGGGGAGGGAUGGAAGGAUGGGGAACCGAUGCGAUUCCUGCAUGGUUGGGGGUUAUACUAGAUGACCCAUAUGGGGUACGUUCCAAUUCUAUGAUUUUAUGAUUCUAAGUUUAUCUUGUCCCCGUUUUGCUUUAAGAAAAGGAAAGCAGCUCAGUGGUUAGAGACCCCUGACUUAAACCCUGGGUAGCCAUUGCCAGUCAGUGUAGCUAUUACCUUACUAGAUAGACCAAUGGUCUGAUUGGGUACAAUGUAUAUUGGGUUCUAUGUAUGUCCUUUCUGCAAGCACACAGGUGAUUUUUAGCUUUCUAAUGUUCUUUUUGACGGCGGGGGGACUGCCGCCUUUGUGUUUCUUUUCUCCUCCCCAGUCACCUCCUCUCUGUCCUCACUCUCCUCCCCAUCCUUCGCUUCUUCGAGCUCAGCCAAGGACAUGAGCUCGCCCAGCAUGCAAGCCCCGCCCACUACUAGCAACGUCUUUGAAGUCGCCAGUCACGCCGAGCCCCAGAGUGGCACCAGCGGUUUGGAGGCUGAGCUGGAGCACCUCAGGCAGGCCCUGGACAGUGGCCUGGACACGAAAGAAGCCAAAGAGAAAUUCCUCCACGAAGUUGUAAAGAUGAGAGUGAAGCAGGAAGAAAAACUGAAUGCUGCCUUGCAGGCCAAACGCAGCCUACACCAGGUAAGGCCAUAUGGAAGCAUCAUAAGGCAAAAUGAGUGGCUUGCACCCCCACCCACCUCCAUCCCCACUACACAGGCAAGUACUAAGUCAUGGCUUCCCCCCAAAGGAUGCUGGGAACUGUAGUCUAUUAAGAGGGUGUGGGUUGUUAUGAGACACCCUACUCCCCUCACAGAGCUACAAUUAUUAGAGUUCCGUGGGAAGAGGGAUUGAUUUGUCAAACCCCUUUGAGAUGUUGAGCUCUGUGAGGGGAGGAGGGGUCUCCUACCAACUCUUAGCACACCUAACAAACUGUUGUUCUCAUGAUGCUUAAAGCAAUGACUGAUAAAGUGACAUAUGUAAUAGUGCUUUUAAAAUAUAGUGUGGAUGUGGCCUCAUUCAAAUUAGUCAUGCACAUUAAUUUCAAGUGAUAUGUUCUGGAUAUGACUAACAGUGGAUACAACCCUCUCUCCCUAUCUGAAACAUCCUUCUGGUUCUGAAAGUAAGUAUGUAAGAGCAGCCCUGAUGGAUUUAAGGUCGUCCCAUCUGAUCCAGCUCUCUGUUCUCACACCUAUUACAGGAAGCCCAAAGGCAGGACCUGAACAUAACAGCACUCCUCUCCUCACCUGUGAUUCCUAGCAGUGGAGGUAGAACAUAGCCAUCAUGGUUAAGUUGCAGUUAAAAAUACAUUUCCAAACAAGUAAAAACAAUACUUCUGAAGCAAGAACGGGUUGGUUUAUUUUUUUAAAAAAAGAACAGCAAACUAGAAACACCCAGACAGCUUGCAAGUGCAUGCAAAGUUUGAGGUUCCACAUGUGUGGUUUAUGGCUUAAUAUUACAGCUGAACAGAGCCACAGAAAACCUAGAUUGUGCUCUGGGGCCUUAUGUUUCAUGGGACCCAUUCAUGGUGUAAAGGAGAAUCCGUGGGGUGGUAGUCUGCUCCUGCUCCUGGGCUUUCUGGUUCUCUCUGAAGGACCUUGAGCCUGUUUCUUGAGAGCAGUCAGAGAAUGCAGAGCAGGUGGCAGCUGCUUAGCCAAGCAAAACUUUUAACAGUGCCUAAACUGAGCAGAAGAGUACGGUGAACUUAAGAGCCUAGUAUUUGUCCCCAAAUGCCAUUAAUUCUGUUGUGGAGAGGGCAAAGGCUUUUCAUGCAGAAUGGCUGGGAAACAGCACAGGCUAGGAUAACAAGUUCUGGCUUAGGAAAUAAGGUUGUCAGACGAGAGAGAUUUCCCAUGACCCCGAUGCAGUAUGUUACUUAACAAAGGAAGGACUGCAUCUGGAAAUAGGAAGGAGAGGGGAGGGGAGGGGAAGAGAUAUGCAACACUGGUCUCCCUGUUAACACUAAUCAGUCAUAAUAUAAGCAAAGAAUGAAUGGAAGCUGUCCCCUCCGCUCUCCCAAUAAAAGAGAGAAAACUUUAAAAUAAAUGUGUAAUGCAUAAACCAUAAAGAAGUUGAGAGGACCCCAAGCACCUGGUUAUCCAUGUGCCUAAAAUAUCUGAUGCUGGACCACAUAAAUAUGCAAAAUGUCUCCAUUUGGACUAAUCACCUAACUCUGACCUCUGUUUUUCCACUGGCUCUGUUCUCCCUCUGAAUACCAUUUGCUGGGUUCUGCAGGAGGGGAGAAUGCUGUUGUGCUUAGGAACCGCUUCUGGUUUGGCCACUGUGAGUAAAAGGAUUCUGGACUAGAUGGGCCUUUGGCCUGGUGCAGCAGGGUUCUUCUUCUGUCUCAAUGGCAAGGUCUUGUUGAGCAAUGCUACUCAAAGUGGUGUUCCAUGGACCAGUGCUGGUCUGUGAGCCAUUAGCUGCUGAUUCAUGGUGAUUCCACCACAGCCCAGGUUGGGUGGGACGCUUCAGAUAUGGUACCGGUCCUUGGCACCCUGGAGAAAAAAAUAAUUGCCAGUCCGUCACAUCAGAUAGUUCAAGAAGCCCUGUUGUAGAGAAAUGUCUCCCCCCACCAACCUGGACACAACAUCCCUCCCAUUGGAGGCUCAGCACUUAAAAUAAUCAAUAGACAAGACCAUUAGCUUAACAAACAAAAAAGGAAAUAUACAAAUCAUAUACAGAUCCAAUACUGACAACCUAACUCAAAUCUUAACAUCAGAAUGUCCAUAAGUGCUUGCCUGUAAUAUGUUCUAGAACUGUCUGAAAAGAGUCGAGAUUCUUCCAGAAUUCUGUGAUGUAUUCGUUCUUCCUUACUGCAUAUAAACACUUAUGGCAUUCCAUGCUACUGAAUAAGAUAUCUUCAUUUUCCAUUAGCUAGGAACUGGUGAACACAUCUAUGUGGUUCUUGCCAAUAGCAGGCACACCAUGCUUAAAGUCCAAUCUUCCUUUCUAACUUGCCCUCCAACCACCUCUGAAAUGUUAAAGCUCUUGCCCAGUUAUAUAUUUCUUACUCCCCAUGCCACCUCUAACCACUUUUAAGGCUGUGUUUAUCAAGUAACCCAUGCCUCCAUCUUUUUCCAGGAGCUUGAGUUCCUACGUGUGGCGAAGAAGGAAAAGCUAAGAGAGGCAACAGAAGCCAAGCGCAACUUAAGGAAGGAGAUCGAGCGCCUCCGAGCUGAGAACGAAAAGAAAAUGAAGGAGGCCAACGAAUCACGGAUACGGCUAAAGCGGGAACUGGAGCAAGCCAGACAAGUCCGGGUGUGCGACAAGGGGUGUGAAGCAGGCAGGCUGAGAGCCAAAUACUCCGCCCAGGUGAGGACAGGUCCUUUGAGAGUCUCCUCACAGAGCUCUAGGCUCUUGGCCAAAACUUUGCAAGAGCUUUUCUUGUGGCUAAAUAUUCAGAAAGGCUUUGAAAGAUACUUUAAAGGAUGCCAUUUUGGCCUCAAAGCAGUCUUUGGUUUCUCACCAUAGGGCAGAGCUUUCCAAACUUUUCAUGUUGGUGACACUUUUUAGACAUGCAUCAUUUCACAACAUAGCACUUCAGUUUUACUAGCAAACCAGAGGUUAAACUAGCCCCUGGAGGAGCUUGGGGAGCAUUCACGUGACACACAGUGUGGAAAGCUCUGCUAUAGGUAAUAGGGCUGGGCAAUGUCGGCUUUUCAACACUGAGAUGGAGGCAAACAUCGCAAAAUGUUUAAACCUGUCUGAGCCAGGGCUGCUUGCUGCUGCCACCCAAUGCCAGGAGUGGAGGGACUUCCUCUGCAACCUUGGCAUCGCUCUGAAAGGUGCAGAGUGCAAGCCACCCCAUCCGUGCCUUGCUGAGCAUUGGGCCUGGUGGCAGCAUCAAGCAACCUCAGCACUUCCUUCUGGGAGAUAACCCACCUGCCAUGUACAAGCCAAAGGGGUCGGGAGCUUGAUCAGCUGAGAAGCCUGUCCCUUUGCAUGUGUGUGGGAGGAGGGGCUGCCAGGCUGCCUGCUCCUCAACGGAUAAGCCUAACAGAGCCCCCACCCUGUCUUUGGCUUGCGCCCUGCAGCAGGCGAGCUGGGGAGUCCAUUAGAUUUCUCUGCUGAGGGGCAGGCCACUGUGCACCUAUCAGCGGAGAAAUUUAAAUGAAGUGCAGGCAGCCACGGGACAAACUACAUCAGCUGUUCCUCCCUUAGCAGGAUGAGGACCAUAAUGCAAUGGUGGUUUCACCCAGCAGUAUAUUGCAAGUGAAACUGCUGCUCCUGAGUCCCUCUGCCUCCAGCACCCGGCUGCAGCUUGCUUCUCACACUGGGCACUGGUAGCAGAGUGACUCAGGAGUGACAGUGGUUUGACUCGCAAUAUACCACUGGGUGAAGCAGCCAUCGCACUCUAGCUCUCAUACCGGUCCUGGGCAAUGUAUUGAUACAUUGCCCAGGCUUAGUGGGGAUCACCUGUUUUGUGUGCAGAAGGUCCCAGGCUCAAUUCCUGGCAUCUCCAGGUAAGGUUGGGAAGUACAAAUACCAGAACAUGCUUUACAAAAUCAAUUCAUAUGUAAUAGCAACAUGUGGGCUUUUCUGUGAAGAGAGUUUAAAGUGUUGUCAUUCUGUACACCCAAAAAAUUGUUAAAGAACUCCUUUAAAGAAAAAAAGAAGCCAACUUCUGAACAAAAGCCCUGUUAAAUGUUACUUUUCCUCCUCCUCUCAUUAACAGGAAGGGGAGCGGUCCCACAGUCCCUUUUGUGAGGCUUGCCAAAUUUACAAGGGCAGAGAAGCAGGAAAUGAUGCAAAUUUCCUUCUCCUCGCAUCACGGGACGUCUCGCUGAUAAGCGAUGCCCAGACUAAACAUAAUCUGAUUCAGAGCUUCAUGUGCUGGGUGUCAACUUCCACUUUAGCUGAAGUGUUGUGGGGGCGGGUGGGGCUCCACAAAGUUUGAAGCCUUUUUUUUAUUAAAAAAAACCACAUUCAUCUAAUUAGGCUUUGAAGGUUCACCCGUUUGUUCCAACUUGCUCUGCUCCAGAGGGUUGCUUUUGCUUCUGACAUCUGGAUUUUUUUUCUCUCUCAAGGGAGGAAAGGAUUGAAGUUUGUGUGGGUGAAUUUUUGGGUUUUUUCUGUUAAUAAUCUUGCCAGAAGCCUUUUCUGUCUUACCUCCUAUUCACCAUGUUGACGUGGGACGUCUGUGUUAGACGUUCUUGCCUUCUGUCUCCCCGGCUUCUAAUUCUGCUCAUCGUCUCAGUCUUAAGAAAUAGUAUCAGGGAUGUUCAAGUCUAGAUUAGGUUGGAGGUAGGUGGGAGGAAGGAAGGAAUGAAGACCUGUGAUUUUUCAAAGCAGUCAAAAGGAAUUAGUGCACAGCUACAUCCUUGCCAUUUCCCUGCAACUCCCCCCCCCCCCUUCAUUUGUCAGGAUUUAGGUCUGGCAUAUUCAUUUCUGAAGUAAUCACGUUGCCACGUUUUUGCUCAUCCUUUGAAGUAUUAGAGGGGAGGUGGCCAGAGCUGAAUGACUUGGAAGAGGCCCAAGACUGCAGAAGUGUUGUUUUGAGUGGUGGGGGAAGAUGCAGAAAUGGUAAGCAGAGAGAAAGGUUCAGGUCUCUUGCCACAGUGCAGCUGGCUUAGCAGCAUCUGGAGGGCACUGUUGGCUAUCCUGGAAACAUGGUGGGACAAGCAUUCAGUGACCUCCUUUUCCUUCCUGUAUAGAUUAUGUACAUAGUUUAGCAUUUGAUCUAAAAAUGGAUAGGUUGCAGCUCUUGGACUGUGUUGCUGUAUUAUCUGUAACUCAAGAGUGGGGAUCUCCAGGUUUGGACUGAUUGCAGACCUCCCAGACCUCCCAAUCUGGUCUCUUGGAACCCAGUUUCCUUCAGCAGCCCUACUUUUACACCAUUCUUGCCGCUGACCCCGCAUACCUACUGGCUUUUAGGGUCCAAGAUAGUUGGUUUUAGGGACUUUGGUCCCGAGCCACCAAAGGUUCUACAGUGGUACCUCGGGUUACAGGCGCUUCAGGUUAAAAGACUCCGCUAACCCAGAAAUAGUACUUCGGGUUAAGAACUUGUUUCAGGAUGAGAACAGAAAUCGCACGGUGGCAGCGGGAGGCCCCAUUAGCUAAAGUGGUACCUCUUCAGGUUAAGAACAGACCUCCAGAACGAAUUAAGUUCUUAACCCGAGGUACCACUGCAUAUGUCAGUUCUAAUGCCUUGAACUGAGCCAGGUAUCUCUAGUUUACUAUCCAUUCAUUCAUUCUAGAUUGAAGACCUGCAGGUGAAGCUCCAGCAUGCAGAGGCGGACAGAGAACAGCUGCGUGCUGAUCUGUUGCGUGAGAGGGAAGCACGGGAACACUUGGAAAAGGUUGUCAAGGAACUUCAGGAGCAACUGUGGCCUAAACAGAGUGAUCUGCCCGGCAGUGAACACACAAUGAAAGAUAUGGACAACUAGGCCAGCGCUGAAGAACGUAAUGACAUGGGGUCUAAUUUGUAGGCCAUACUGACAAUAAAAUAAAAUAAUAUGCACAGUGAGGGAGAGAGUGUGUGGGAGAGGCGCUGGGGCAAGGGUCCGCGCCCUGGCGUGUGCUGGUAAACAUGGACUUUGUUAUUCAUUGGAGGGCAAAUGUUACUCUUUAUAACAGAAGCACUGAAUUCCACCUCUUUUUUCAAUCCAUAUAGCACAACAUCUUCCUGUGCCUAGAACAUGAAGAGUGUUUAUAACCUAAACUACUUUUUGAGUCCGCAGCAAAAAAAAAAUUAUUAAAAAAAUUAUACCGUCUGGCGAGCAGCAUCCAUGUGAAAUCAAAGACAAGCAACGAGGGCUGCUUUCUGGGAACACUUUGGAAUCAAGAAAAAAACAAAACCCUUUUGUUAUAAGCUAUUUAAGAACACAAAACAAUUGAGUCAUGAAGACAUGGUAUUAUAACCAUUAACAAGAUUUUUUAAAAAUAUAUAUAUAUAUAAACAGGGAGGGGGAGAAAAUACUUUCAAUGCCUGAUUUGUAAUGACAAAUUGUUACAUAUGUUGGGUUCUUCCUUAGAGAAGCUUGUCAGAAAAAGCCCAAUAAUAAGCCAUGACCGUUUCAAUCCAGGGGAUUUCUAUGUGAAUUUCAAAUUUAGGUUUUUUUCCUAGUUUAAAAUCUUUGUUUUCCCCAUGCUUGAACCAAGAAGAGGAAAGUCAGUGGAGGGGAAGGGGGGUAGUUUGUAUGUUUCAGUGGGGUGUAGGAGUGGAACUAUAUCCUAAAUGAACCCAGCCUUAUUAAAAUUCAGUGUUUGUAAAUCACGCCAUAACUUUUUUUAUAUAUAAAUAUAUGUCUGUUAUUAACUGAUGUGUUUUAAAGACUCACUUCAACGCCAGAGCACUUCAAUUAUGAGAAACGGAUAGAAGAAUAUAUAAAGAGAGCAAGAAACACAGAGAAAACACAAGACAAAAGUCGGCUGAAACAUGAAGUUGCUUGUGAAAGAUAAGUGGGAAAAAACAGAGAGUGGCAUGUCUGCUUGGAAACCCUUCCGUUUUCCCAGAGAACUCGUCCCCAUGUUAUCAUCACCUCAGAAAUUUCAGUAUUUUAUUGACUUGCCCAGGAUCACGUGUAAGGAUUUCAGUGUGGCCCACAGAGAGUGCUCAACAUUGUAUUAAAGAGACAAAAAAGAGGACUUUUGCUGCUGUGAAUAAGCCUACAUUUCUUAUUCUUUAGGGGUUUUUUGGUCUUUUGUUUUUAAUGUGACAAAUACUUUAAUAUUGGGAUCUGUGCCGCAAUUCCUUCCCUUCCCACUGAAUAUUGAAAUAUGCAGCAAGUAAACACACUCAGGGCAAAAAUCCUAUCCCCAGUGGGAGUUUUGCUUCUUCUACCUGAUUUGGGGCCAACACUUAGUACCCACUAGAUUUUGUUUUCCUCUUGAAAGGCAUUAUUUUUUUAAGAACUACAGUUUUCGUUAUUAUUUCCUCCACCUUUAUUGCUCCCCUUAUGAUUUAACCAACUGUCCACUGUGUUAGCAAUCAAAUCUGCAAGGAACAGUUUAUAACUCUACACUUCUCCAGGACCUACCCCCUCUCUUUUGAGAAUAAGGCGGGUAGGAAAUGUUACGGAACUACAAUUGUUAGAGCUCAGGGUCAAUAUAAGCAGCAUAGGCUCAGAUUCCCUACCUUUGCUCUCUGGCAAUCAAGCAGGUCAUGUGUUUCUUGAUUCAUGGUUGCUUGAGAUCCGUGUCACACAAGCAGUCCAACAUGGACUUCAGGGAUGCCAUCCUAUCAGCGACAGGGCUAUGGCGGCUGGUCGUGGCUAAACCGCCCCAGUGCAGGAGUGAGCAAUAUUUUGAUUCGUUCUUCCCUGCCAAUACAGAGGUAUUGAUUCAAAGUCUUUCGUAUUCGUUUUAUUUUAUUUUUACAAUCAUUUCACAGGAAUGGUGAGCAAACCGUUUACUAAGGGCGACAGUUUACUAAAAUCCUUAACUGGGGGGAAAAGCCAUCCUAAAUUCACAGAUUCUCUCUCCUCCAAUUUGCGUUCUGAAAUACUGAAGGGAACUCUGCAAUUCAAUCCUUUUCCUGUAACCAAAAUGCGGCUGUCUGUCCUAAAAUUAAAGUAUUGACUUUACAGUACACUAGGGGGGGAAUAAAAGUUGUAUUAAAAAUAAAGCUGUUAUUAUCCAUUCUAAUAGCCAUUGUAAGCAUGAACAUUGAAAAAGGAGGAAGUAAAGUACAUUUUAGUGGGGGUGGGGGUAGGGGUUGCUACAGGAAAAAAAUUUAAAAGGAAGCUAUAUUAGAAAAAUCAGGUGACUUAGAAUUGAAAUAUGGGGAGCAAGAAAGCAACAGAUAUAUACGGACUAAUUUGCAUGAUAAGAAGUUGUCUGCGUUUGAGGUCUUGCCCAUGCUCGUAUCCAAUGAGUGGAAUCUGCUCUCCCAUUUUAAAGUGCAAUGCAAACGGAAUAUUGAUUGUGUUUAUGCAGUUAUUUUUUUAAUAUGGGGAUUUAAAAAUAAUUUUUUUGCUUUGUAUGUUUUUUCUGCAGUUAUUAAAAAAAACCAUAUGCAUGGAAUUAAAAUCUUUGCCAUACAUAUAUAUUAAUUAACGGGCAUUAUCACUGUCUUAACGUAAAGGUGCAUAACUUUUUUUUUUGUUUCGUUUUGUUCUCAGUCGUAUAAAUUUCCAAGAUCUAUAAUGCUUUUUUGUUAAGUUUGCAGUUAUUUCCUUCAAGAGGCAACAAAAUUGCGUAGUUUUGAUGCACAGCUGUCUUCAGUGGCUCAAACCUACACUUGGCGAUUCAGCUUCACUCUUGGGACAAGCUGCUGCUCACUGCUUGUCCCUCUCCCCACCUGGCCAGCCACCCCUCCUUUCAGCAGGGAGAGGUGUUACAAACCCUAAUUCUGGGAAUACAGGGGUCAUUCUACAAGAUGAUAAUGACAAACCAGUUUCUGUGAAAGCAGCUUGCCUUCCAAUACUGAUCUUCUUCUAUGCCAGGGAUGGGGAACAUGAGGCCCUCCAGCUGUUGUACUUCAGCUGCCAUUGACUCCAGCCUGCAUGGCCUAUGGCCAGGGAUGAUGGGAGCUGUAGUCCCAAGGACAAACAGAGGGGCCUUAAACCACGACAGCCACAACCCAUGUUUUAUGACACACACUUACUGACAGAGGCGCAGCUGGUCUUGCUAGCAAACUUAGGGGCACAUUCUAGGACAUUCCCUAUAAUCCUCUAGGAAGUGAAAUUGGUGCGUUGACCAGCAGGUCAGCGUGAAAGGUACAAACCCUAAAAACCAUUGCCAGAUUCAUUGAAACAUUUGCACAGAUUCAGAGAAGCCCACUGCGCCACAGCACAGCCAUUGCCCCCCUUCCCUCUUCAUGAGUGUAAAUGUUCCAAACCUUGAGUCUAGGCUACAGCAGCUAUCCCUGUCAAAACAAACAGGAAAGGCAUUGGGAACCCACAGCCUGGGCACGUGCUCAUUCUUCGGAAGUCUGUGCUACCACUUCCAAUCGUAGUACUAAACCAAAUGCAAAAUGUUGAAGUUUGCAUCAUGUCUCAUCUUUUUUAUAUGGGCAUACAACUUCAGUGCAAGCUUGUCUUUUUACUCCCAGCCCACCAAGAGAAAAGGAGCUGAAUUUAUCAAAGAGGAAAAAGAUAAUCAGCACCAACCACACGGAACUAUGUGUAGUCUUCUGCAAUAGCUUAAAACAGAAGGAAGGAAAGGUCCCGUGAUUUAAACUGCAUCUGUCCACCAGAAUUUCACUCUUGCAUCCUUCUCUGUAACAGGGCAUGGGGCCUGCAAUCCUGCUGAUUUAAGGGACGUUCCACAUACUAUGCAAAGGGAAGCUCAACUUUGCUGCCGAAUUAUAUACUCCACAAGAAGCUGCAACCAUCCAUAACUCCCUGUGAAAUGUAUGCUUAUAACACUAUAAGCAGCUUUAAAAUUGUAUUUCUUGCAUUCAUACUUUAUCUUAUGUAGGUAUGCACAUAAAACUACUUAAGUGUAUGCCUGUUUUAGUAUAAAGGUGUCAAGUAUUAAUACCAACAAAUGCUGUGUUUCUAACACCUUGAUCCUGGUUUGAUUUUUCCUGAAACCCUUGAUGAAAUAAUUGCAAUUUGUACAGCUGUGCCCACAUACCGAUCAGUCUUGAAAGAUCUAUCUGCUAGUGUUUUAAGAUUAGACUGUCUAGUAAGUGUUGAAACGGGGGGGGGGGGGAGAAUCUUUGUGACAUAAGGCGGAUAGAGGCAAAACAACAAAAUCUCAUUAGGUGAGUGAAGAAUCAUUUUUUAAAGACACCUUUGUCAGAUCCAGAUUUAAGCCAUGACACAUGUCAUUUGGAUUUCAAUUGGGACUUAGUUCACUAAAUAUGGUGCAAUCCUGUGCAUGUCUACUCAGAAGUAAGUCCUAUUAAGUUCAGUAGGACUUAACCCUAGGUUAGUUGGAUUAUAGCUCAAGUCUGUAUCCAACAUCUGAAGGAAGCAUGUGCAUCCAUGUGGAUUUGAUAGCAUCUUUGCUCUUAAUCUUUUCAGCCAUGUGUCUAAAGUCCUGUUUAAGGGAUUUCCAAGUCAGACAAUAAAAGGGUAACAGAAAAUUCAGCCAUUUCACAACUGUUUGGGACAUUUCCCACCUCAAGCUCUUGCCAUCAGUUAACAAAUACAACCUACCAAGAAAAAUUUCUGCUCAAGCUUCAUUGCAACAAAUGGGGCUUACCUUGGAGAAGUUCCUAGCCCACUGUGUAUAAAUAUAUAUUCUGAACACUGCAGCAUGGUCACUAGUAUUCCAGAUCAGUAGCCAAGGUUUGAGGAGAGCUAGAUGUAGAAAACACAAAGUUAAGGUAAUUAAAACAAAAAGCAAUCCAAACUAGAGGCUCCCAAUCAACGCAUGAGAGUUCUGGGCUCCCCCCUACCCCGGACCCAUGAUAGCCAAUGUAUGCAUGGAACAUGCAUGUCUCUGACAUUGGUUUAUAUCCAGUGUUACAUCAGAACAGAGGUCCAUCAAUUUUAAUGGGUUCUUCCAAAUGGAAAGUUGGGCACAACCCAUUGAAGUGAAUGGGGAAACAGCUGCCUAUGCAACAUUUUUUUGUUCACAGCAGACCCCCUACUCCAAAGUGUGCAGAGGGGCUGGUCAGGAAAGAGAAACUGCAUUAUCAAUUCUGUAGAAUAUAAAGCUCUUGUUUUGCUAAUUUAAGCUAGUUAUAGCUAUGAUCCUUUUACUGGAACAGAAUUCGCAAAUUGUAAUUCCGUUUCCUUUAAGAUGUUUUCUCCAAAAAGGGGAGAAGAAGUGUUUUAUUACAUCGGCUGUCAGUUCUCCAAAUACAUCAAAUAUAUAUAGAUAUAUAGAUAUAUAUAAUCUAGGUAAUUGUAUAUUCAGUUUAAUUCACUUUUUUAUAAAAGAUAUUCAAAUAAGACUUUAACGAGGGGGGAGGGCAGGUGAAGAAUACCAACAGCAAUAAGACAUUUAUAUCUAUGAAACAGGCUAACAGAAUAAUAAUCUUGCUUUUUUCCAACAGAACUAGCCAAUGUAAAAAAAAAUUUAAUUUGUAAAUACUUUUUUUUCAUUUUGCAGUUGUAUAAUACGUGUAUAUGGUGGUGUUUACUUUUUCAAAACCUUUUUCUUACUUAGUUGUCUUGUUUUAAGAAUUGUGUUUUUAAAACCAAGGAAAUUUGUUAGGGGAAAAAACAACCAUAAAGAAAGAAACUUUUUUUUCUUAUAAAAAAAAAAUCAGUGUCAGUUCAACUUCCUUCCCAUUAUUUGCAUAUUUUUGUCAUUCAUUGUGAACUGUUUUAUUAGUAAAAGCAAAGAAAAUUGACAUUUCUUCCCCUUACAUCCCCAAGCAGUCUCUGUGUUAUAGAGAGGUCUUUUAAAGCAAGGAAGAGUACUAAGGAGCAAGUUUUUAAUUGAGGGGAUAAUGGCGCAAGUUUAUUAAUAGACGAAAUCUUUACAGCAUUUUUUUGUUACUUCCCUGUCCCCCAGCUGCUGCUGCUAACUAUUUUAUGACUUACUCUCCUAUUCUAGAACUAUUUUAUGUAAUUAAAUAUGCUUUCUUGUUUAUAAAUGCCUGAUUUACAAAAAGGAAAAAAAAAGCGUGGGGUAUUUAUCUAUUUCUCUGUGUAACUUGAUAGUCCUUUUCAAAUCCCCCCUCCCCCUCCAACCCUUUUCCAACCUGGAAACAGAUAAUAUUGUAAAAUAAAGGACUUUAUCAGAUUAUGUAUGAAAAUAGCUAUGCUUAUAUAUACCACAGUGACUGAAUGUACAGUGUAUAGGCGCAUUAUCAAAAAUAAAAUUGUUUGUGCAGAAAAAAAUAAGUCCACACACACUAAAGAUAUGUUCUUUUACUACUCUUGAGUAGCAUGAACAAACAUGCCCCAAUUAAUUGGUGCAAUACUGCAGAA